AUGGACCUGAACGAGCAACUACGGCAGGCGCACAGGCGCGACCCAACCACCAUCAACAGGAACAAUCAGACCGGCCCCUCCUCCAACAUGAAGCACAGCCGGACGCAAAGAGGCACUGGCCAAUCCGGCCACCCGGCAGUAUGCAGAAACUAUCUACAAGGCCGUACAUGCUUCAAGGGUAACAGAUGUCCCUAUUUUCACCCUCCCCACGCUCAAGCUCACAUAGCGACCACUGAUACCACCUUACCCGGAGAAGACAGCAUCUCUCAGGUUCCUCAAAUCCAUUUUUCUUUCAUUCAUCUGGUCCAACAUCAUUGCGCCAACUCGACCGAAACCGUCGCGAUCGAUCGGACCAAGCCUGCUUUUCUGGAGAAGCGACAUUAUGACGCAAACCCGGCUCUGCGGCCCCCUAAUGCUAUUCCAGCGCACCCGGCACACGCAGCACCGCAGACAUCGGACGACACCCCAGCGACUUCUGUGCAGCAGACCAGAUCCGGUAGGAAGGUCACUUUCCCUAAAGACCUUCGUAAAUAUUAUUAUUAUUAA